UGCAGCUGGAGCUCCUCUGAUCACACACACACACACACUGUACAGACACCAGCCGCUCUCUGAUCACACACACACAGUGCACAGACACCGACCGCGCUGUCAACAUGUUUCUGCUCGGAUUCUGCCUGUGCCUGGCCAUCGUCCAUGGAAUUGUCCCCGAGAUAUCUAAAACAGACAUGGACAUCAUUGCAAACAUGGAAACAAAUGUAGAAGGACAAACGCCACUGGGCGAUAUGUUCAAAGAUGUGGAGGAACGGAUGGAGGACACGCAGCAGAAGCUGGAGGACGCGGUGCAUCAGAUGGACAAUGAGACAGCAAAAUCCAGCCUCCACCCACACAAUGUCUCUUCAAAUCUCCAAAAUUACAGCAGUAUUGAAAUCAUAGCUGGGAAUCAAACCAUUUAUACUGCUGAGAGAAUCAAUAAGACAACGGACAAUUCAACCGAAGAUACAAACAACUUAACAACCAUACAACCCAGAGAUAAAGAGAACAGCAUUGAUCACGAGUGUAUCAUUGAUGAAGACUGUGAGAAGGGCAGCUACUGUCUCUACGAAACACAGAGCUCAAGGUGUCAGCCCUGCAAACACACCGAUGCGACAUGCACCAAAGAUGAGGAAUGCUGUGCGGGACAGCUGUGUGUGUGGGGUCAGUGUGCAAACAGCACAAAGGGAGAAGCAGGAACCAUCUGUCAGCACCAAAGUGACUGUAAGGAGGCGUUCUGCUGUGCCUUCCAUAAAGCCCUGCAGUCCCCAGUGUGCAACUCUAAGCCAAUAGAACGCGAGCGCUGCAUCAUUUCAGCCAAUCACCUGAUGGAGCUGCUGUCGUGGGAUUUGAAGGGGGAUGGUCCUCAACAGCACUGCCCAUGUGCGGGUGAUCUGCAGUGCCAACAUCUUGGACGAGGUGCACUGUGCCUGAAGAGUCAGAACUCCAGCGAGGAGGAGCUCGCUGAUACCCUCUACUCUGAGGUUGACUACAUCGUCUAGUGAGACAGACAGAUGAAGAGAAGCUGCUGAAACAGACAUGAACGCUUCAUCAUCACUCCAAAGCUUUGCAGGAAACGCCUUCAUUAUAAUCAACCAAACAGCAGUGAAUGUGCCUGAAUCUAAAGACUGUUCACACUGACAGCGAUUUGAAAAUCAAGCUGCCUGGAAGUUAUUCAUUUCCAAAGAAAGUUGGUGAUUUGAGGGGACAUGAGUGAUGGUUGGAGGCAUCAAAUGACAUGACAACACUUAAUGCAAGAGUCACAUGUGAGAUACAGUAGCUGAGCGCUUUUUCAUAGGAUGAUGAUUUGUUUAAUUGGAAUUGUGAUCAGAUUUUCAGCAGUAAUAUUUGGGCAUCCAGCAGAUCAAAUCAUUGUCAGUGUGAACAGCCCUCAAGUGUUGAAGCUCAACUGUGGCUUCUGAGCAUUGGAAAGUAGCACUUAUUAUUUAUAUACGGUAUUAAUGCUUUAAGAACACAUCAGGCAGAAACAUGGAAAGAGGAAAACUCUGCUGAGAGCCAAUCCAUCUUAGUUUAGUGUAGCAGCCAAAGUGACGCACCCAUACAAAAAACCUCUUGUAAUUUACCCAGGUAAUGAACACAAACUUGCUCCAGAAAAUAAAAGGUUAAAAAACA